AUGUUUGAAAGUCUAAAAUCAUCACCAACUAUCCAGAAGAUCCAAUCAUCAAAAAUAUAUAUAUGGUCCAAAAAGAUAUUAGAUUUUUUAAUUAAACAAUGGUUUUUUAUAUUUUUAGCAGCAUUUAUAGCAUUAGCUCAUUCAUAUCCUGAAUUUGCAAAACAAGGUGGUACAGUAAAAGCUCAAUAUUCAAUAGGAUAUGGAGCUGUUGCUGUUAUUUUUCUAAUUAGUGGAUUAUCAAUGUCAUCAAAACAAUUGCUUGUAAAUUCAUUAAAUUGGAGAGCUCAUUUUACUGUUUUAUCAUUAAGUUUUUUAAUUACAAGUUCUAUUAUAUAUGGUAUUGCAACUGGUAUAAAAGCAGCUCAUAAUGGAGAAAUUGAUGAAUGGUUAUUAGUUGGUCUUAUUGUAACUCACGCUUGUCCUACUACUGUAAGUUCUAAUGUUGUUAUGACUAAACAAGCUGAUGGUAAUGAUAUUUUAACAUUAUGUGAAGUUUUUAUUGGAAAUGUUUUAGGAGCAUUUAUUACACCUGCUUUAUUACAAUUAUAUAUGACCGGAACAUGGGAUUUUGGAAAUCCAAGUUAUCAACCAACAGGAGAUAGUUCAAUUGGUGAUCUAUAUAGAGAAACAAUGAAACAAUUAGGAUUAUCUGUUUUUAUACCAUUAUUUGUUGGUCAAGUUUUACAAAAUUUAUUCCCAAAACAAGUUAAAUGGACUUUAACUACAUUUAAAUUAAAUAAAGUUGGAUCAUUUAUGCUUUUAUUAAUUAUGUAUCAAUCUUUUUCUACUGCUUUUGCUCAACAUGCAUUUACAUCAGUUAGUCAUAAAUCUAUAAUUUUCAUUUGUUUUUUUAAUUUUGGUAUGUAUUUAUUUUUUACUGUAAUUACUUAUUUUUAUGCAAGACCAUUUUGGGUUAAGUUAUGGUUAUGGGAAUUUCCAAAUGAAAAAUCAAGUUUCGUUUAUAAAUGGUCAUAUUGGUUAUUUAAUCCAUUUUAUUAUAAUAAAAGAGAUACUGUUGCUAUAAUGUUAUGUGGUCCAGCUAAAACUGCUGCUUUGGGUGUUUCAUUAGUUAGUUCUCAAUAUGGUUCAAAUAAUCCAAGAUUAGGAAUAUUAUUAGUACCUUUAGUCUUGUAUCAAGCUGAACAAGUUAUGACUGCACAAGUUUUGACAACUUUCAUGAAAAAAUGGGUUCAUUAUGAUGAUAAAAAGGUUGUUGAUGAUGAGAAAGUAGCAGGAGGCAGUGAUGAAGAAGAUUUACAAUUAAGUCAUAGAGAUACAAAUGAAGAAGAUAGAGAAGAAAUAAUAGAAGAAGAAGAAUUACAUAGAGAAGAAGCUGAAGAAUUAGGUGAAACUACAAGUACUAGUGAUGAUGUUAAUAGAGAUGUUGAAUCAUAUUCAACUGAUUCAAACGGGAAAAUUUAA